AUGCACAAAAUGGCUGAUUGUCAGAUCCGAAAGGACGCCUACAAAGAUAUAGGAGAACUAAAAAGUAAAAAGGGAUCGGCAAGAAAAAAAUUGGACAAAAACGAGAUAGCAAAUAAACCUGUAUCAAACGAUAAGCUUAAAAAAAAAGAGCAAGCACACUUUCAAUUAAAGGCUUCAUUAUUGGAAACUUCAAAAGUAACACUUAAUAUUGUAGAGAUAACGCAGGAUAGCACAUUAUGUUCUCAAAAAUGUUCAAACGAUGGCCUACUUAAUAAGUAUAGCACGGUAUCAUCGCCAUUAUCGAAAACGAAAUACAGCAGAGAAGUGGAAACGUCAACGGGAUCUGCGAACGUUGGUCCAUUUUCGGAAAUUAAAAGAAAUAUAAUGAAGAAACAAAAAGAUUCCAUCACUUUCGAUGAAUUUGACAGUGCGCUAGCAUCAUAA